AUGCGCAUUAAGCAACUAUGGAAUGUUAUCCCUAUCCCAUCCAAAAUAAAGUUACUGUGGGAUCGGAUAACUCUUUCACGCACAACCACUUUUUACUUCGUAUUUUCCAUUCUUCACUGUGUUCUCCAGAUCAUCUUUCAAGGGCAGGCCUUUCGUAUCAAUGUCGGGGCUGCUGAGUUCUUGGCUUCCAUCACCAGACAAGGAGACACCAUCAAUUCGAGCGCAUUCUAUGUUUUGGGGAGUGACCUUCGUCUUUGCGACAGUAUCCCAGCGGACCUCAGCGCUAGCUCUUGCCAAGUAAUCUGGAAUGGUACGACAGUUGGGGACAAUUCGCUGACAUCCGCAAAUGCAUUAGCCCCCAUGAUUACUACGACAUAUUCAACGGGGACGUCAAGUUCCAUGAUCUCGACCCUUGUCGCGUCCUCAGGGUCGAAGGUGUCCACUAGUUCAACGAGUUCAAGCUACUCUGCGAUGUCAAGUCUUAUCACAUCUGCAAGACCAACGAUUACCGCAACUUCGAGUUCAACAGCAAUCACAAACCCUGUGUCUUCAUCGCAUACCACUACCUCAUCGGCGAUAGCUUCAAGCGCCACUGAUAAGGUACGCAGAGAGAGUGCUGCUGAAAUGGUCAGUAAUCCAUUCAGGCAGCUGAAUCGACGCAACCUCGUUCAAAAUAUCCAAGCUGUCGACAUCAAUGGCACCUCACAAGUCACUGUGAACGGAUAUGGCUGGAACAAUCAAGUAGCUGUUUUAGAUCGACAGUGCCUUUGGGCUCUGAAUUAUCCAGUUCAAAUCCUUCAGCAGACAGAGCGGGAGGAUUUGACCUUCAUUGCUUUUCAAAUAUGGGUUCUCGGAAUGUCUAUCGUCGCUAUCCUGAACGAAUCUGUCCCUCAUACCAUCGCAACUCUUUUGACACAUAUGCUGGCUACUGGAUGGGCAGGUUAUCAGAUAUUUAACACUGCUCAAUUUCAUGGUGACUUUUCGAGGCUGUCAACGAAUGGAGCUUGUAAUCCGAUCAAUCUUUUACCAUCAUAUUGGAAAAGUCGGUUUGUUGCCGAAAUUGCAAGCUUGGUGCUGAAUGCCGUUGCGCUGUUGGUUUCUUCCUUUCUAUCGUGGAGGCUUGCCAAGCUCUUUGGCUGGCAGACUUUCAAGCGCGUCGGGGCUUCAAUGGUUAUCAGUCGUGUCUAUAAAUUUGUGCUCGUGCUCUCCAUCGUUAUCCAGAUAUCGCUCUUUUUCAUGGUGGUCUCCAUCUCACUUUGGCUGGAUCAACUUUGGAAUGGCAACAUCGGGCGUCUUGACACCUCACCUGAAUUCAAACCACUGUUGAUCGUCACUCUCAUACUCUUACUUCCUUGGUUAACUGCAGGCUGGCAUGGUGUGCGCCGAGAACUCAAAAUACCCAUGUUCGUAUUUCUUGCGCUCAGUGUCGGAUACCUUGCAGGCUGGGCAGCAAUGUUCGAUUCCAGCGCAUUCCGGUGGACGUUCAUGACCUGGACGUUCUUCGGGGUGAUGACCUCUUCAUCUGUCUUCCUGACUCUUGUUGCGUUCAUCUUGGGCAUCAUAUGUCGUAUUAACUUCGGCAAGGGGCUUAUACGCUAUCUCAAUGCAGACGAGCCAAUCCCAGAAGACUUUGUACCCGUGAACUACGGAGAUGACCUAGAAAAGAUCGCGUUCCAAACGGAUGAUAGGAGAAUGUCCACGUUUUCCGCCACGUUCGGCGCAGGACAAGAAGUUUCCCCCUCUCAGAUGCUCGCUCCUCCUAUAUGGGAAAAGUUUUCCAUGCCUGAUGCAUUCUUAGCCCCAACCUCCGGAUCCUACAACGCCGUUGAGCGGCAAGUGUCCAACGGUAGCACCUAUAGUUCAACGAGCACUACUUCAAGCCGAGUCGGGAGUGACUCUGCUGCUGGACAUUCCAAACGCUGGAUUAUCGAGUAA